UGCCAAAAAUACUGAAAGUUACAGAUGGAGGUGGCUCUGGCUAUCUUUCCUCCUGGCCUGCCCAUGUCAGCUCUCAGGUUGUCCAGCAACACAGUCAAAAACACACAUCCUCUGGAGCAAACAGAAACCACGGGUAUAUCCAUAUUCUACUUUUCAAGCUAUAGAAUACUUUUUAAAAAAUAUUUAAUCACUGUUAAAUAAGCAUUAAGCAAAUAAAGUGAAAUCUAAAGAGGAAAAAAAUAAUGUGUAAUUCAUAAACUGGUUUACUGUAUCAGCUGACUUUUCUAGACCUUUUUAAAGUAGAUGGUACAGUUGUGCCCAAAAGUCUGUAUACCCCUUUUGUUACCGCUCGGUGUAAAUUGUUAGUAUUUUGUCUUCUGGGAGACAUGUAACUAUCUUAUUUAGCAUCUGAAGGGCGGUACUAAAUAAAAAAAAAAAGAUCUUUAAACAAAAUAAUAACAAUUUACACAGAUCAUCCUGUUCAAAAGUUUACAUCCCCCUGGCUCUUAAUGUAUUGUGUUGCCUUCUUGAGCAACACUGAAUGUUUGUACCUUAUGUAAUAGUUGUGUACGAGUCCCUCAGUUGUCCUCGGUGUGAAACGAUGGAUCUCAACAUCAUAUAGCCGCUGUUGGAAAGGGGUCAAACAUGCAGAAUAUGCUGGAAAAGUAAAGAAUGUGCAGGAGUUGGAGGAUUUUUCUGAAGAACAGUGGGCAGUUUAACUGCUCAGGGCAAACAAGGGACUCAUGAACAACUAUCACAAAACAUAAACACAGUCGUGGAUCAUCCAGGUAACGACACACAGUAUUAAGAAUCAAGCAUAUGUAAACUUUUGAACGGGGUGAUUUUUAUAAAUUCAGCUAUUAUCUUGUCUUGGACUAUAUGUAAACAUCUGCUAUGUGAAAUAACUUAUUCAGGACAGUACAAAAUAAACAAUAAUAUGGGAUUUUAUGAUCCCUCUUAUUUUGUAAGCAGUAUUAAGAUUUAGCAGAUUCUGCAAGGGGUAUGGAAACUUUUGGGCACAAAUGAAAGUCUUCCCAUCCUUCACAUUAAUGCACUGAUGGCUCUUACCUCAUAAAGUAUCAUGUGCUUCAGAUACAUUGACGAAUUUGGAUGUACUGUAGCUAAGCCACGGUUCCUGGAACAACUGGAGUGCUAUCUCAGGCGAGAACUGGCAUCUUUAGACUUGCAUAGCCCCAAACUCCAGCAGCUCAAACUUCAGACAUACAGAGAAGUUUUUGACUAUUUCAUUGAAGAAUUUAAAACAUACAAGCCACUAUUGUCUGCCAUCAAAAAUGAAUACGAGAUUACUCUAGUGUAUCUGCAACAGCAGAUCCAAGAGCUGGAGCCUCUCCGUGCCCAGAUGGUGCUGCUGUCUGAACAGUGUGAGGAGAGGAUUCUGGGCCUGAGGGAGCAAGAGAGAGCUGAGAUCACAGCUUUGAAACAGGAGCGCCAACAUCUGCAGCAAGUCAUUGAGCGCAUGAAGGAGCAACAGAGCACUUUGCAGACCCAGGUGUCAUAUCUAGAGGAGGACCUUGCAAGACAGUAUGUGCUGUACAGGGAUGAACGUGAUGCCCGCAGGCUGCUCAUUGACAAGAUCAGCAGCAUGAGCUACAGCCCACAGGAGCCUGGUUUCUCACUGGAUGAGGAUCCUGUGAAUCUAAAGCUGGCUCUGGAUGUUUGUAGAGAGGAUCUAAGCAAGACCCAGAUGGAACUCAACCACUUGCAUGCAGAAUAUGGAGAUGUGGUUCCCCGUAGGGACUGGGAGAAUCUAGAGCGUAUGUACCAGGAGAACCUCCUAAAGGUGGAGACCGUGCAGUGUGACUUCAACCAAAUGAAGAUGGAAUAUGACACAUUGCUAACGUUACAUCAGCAGACCAGCACACAGAGAGACAGCCUUCACAGAAAAGCCUCAACUCCUAGACCACAGUGGGAUCAGUGUGCAGAUGUACUUGGUAGCAGAGAUCGUUGUUCUGAGCUCUUUGAGGGCCAGUCCAGCAAAAAAAGACUGGAGAUCUUGCUGAAGGAGUUGAACAGCAUGGGCUUGGAGCAGAAAAACUUCUUUACUGGACUGGGUACUUCCAGUGAUGUUCCCAUCUACCUGCGCUAUGAGGGGCAGUUGAAGAACCUCCGAUUGAAAAAGACUGAUGUAGUUAGAGUUAUAAAGGACAUAUGGAGAGAGAAAGCAUCUGAAGAUGAGAAGAUGGAUGAAAGCAGUGAUCUAAAGGCAUUUCUGCACCAGUAUCUGUUAAAAAAGCAUGAGGAGAGGGCAGGAGAGUGGGCUUACAGCUUGCUCGAUGGCAUCAAGUGUUACCUAGAAGAUGACUUCAUUGGUCUCUUCUAUGACAUUCUCCAAGGCAAGGUGGAUGAAAGUGUGUACCAUGGCCAGACCGAUCUACUAUCUCAUCUGCUCAAGGUGCUCAUACAGAGUGACAGCACUGAGACUGGAUUGCUAAGUACACCCCAAUUCAGUGAGGCUCUAAAGAAAGCUUUCCCCCUGAAAGAAGAUCAGGAUAUAGAGGAACUGGUGCUGGCAGCUCAGUCUGAACUGCAGACCAGUGGAGGAAGCAUUGCCUAUCAGAGGCUGUACACAGAGGACACAGAUGGAAAGCAGAGUGAAUUCCUGGGUCUGGUAAAAAAGCAGGCUAUGGCUGAGAGACGCCAGUACAUCAGCCAGCUGAGGGAACAACUAGGAGGCAAUGGGGAAGUGGGAGUGGAAGAUUUAAGAGCUGUUUUCAAGACAAUUGAUCCCACACUGGACUCUGAGACUCUGGACUGUUAUUUGAGUAGAGCCUUUCAAACUAAAGAGCUGCACGAGCACACAGCACUUUUGGACAUUGAGGUUGCACUACAGCGCCUCUCUGAAGCUAAUGUAAGCAGGGCAGGACCCAUGCCUCAGUCCGAAUAAUUCAUGUACACACAUUUCACAUGUGUAAAUGGAAUCUUAUAUUGAAACAUAAUUAAGGAAAUAUAUUGGAUAAAAUAAUUGUUCAGUCUAAUAAAAAGAACACAUUCAAUAUC